CACAACCUAGUCUGCUAGUCAACAUUGUCAUGACUCAUGCUUAGAUACAUAAAAUGAGGGGUGGUAUUAUUGAGCUAUUCAACAUCUCAUCUAUGAUGAGAAUCCAUAGAGGUUCGAAGCUUCUGAAAGCAUCACUGGGUUCUUUGCUUCCAGAACGACCACAAUUCUUUAGAGAAAAGAAAUAUGUAGUCGAUGUAAAAUAUGGUCUAUAAUUUAACAGACGUUGUUUGAUAGUAUAAAAGAAAGCAGUCAGCGUCAAACUUCUUCUAGAUGUUGGCAUCAGUAGUUGCCUAUUUUGAAAAUAAGGAAUUUGCUUGAUACGUACAGUACGUUUAAAUCUAAGUCUGUCAUCAUGGUCUCCAUGUAUAAGUAUUCGUCAUAAACCAACUCAAACGCAGCAACAUUUCCACAGCAAGAAAACACAGAAAUAUUUGAUUCGUAUCAAACAUGGUUAGUUCUCAACUAGGGUUGAUUGGCUGCUCGCUUCUCGUUGUAGCAGUGGCCUUACUAAAGGGUGUCACUGCUGAUAGCUACACCGUCGGAGAAGAUUUAGGUUGGAAUAUUCCUCCGGCCGGUUCAGUUGCCUACUCCACCUGGGCCGCCUCGAAGCAAUUUCAGCUCGGUGACGUAGUUGUGUUUAAGUGGACUGGACCGCACACGGUGGCUGAAGUGACAGCGGCUGAUUUUUCGAGCUGCACAAAGUCGAAUCCGAUUGCUCUCUAUGAUUCCAGCCCGGCAAGAAUUACGUUGAGCUCGCUAAACGGUACUCGGUACUUCAUCUGCACUGAGGACAACCACUGCAGCGUUUUAGGGCAGAAGGUGGCCAUUACAAUGGGAGGAACAGGUCAAUCUGAUAACAGUGAUGACGAUGAUGACUGGUGGAGAUGGAACAGUGCUUCUUCUCUCACCAUUGGCACUGCCUUGUCUGCAGUCAUCUCUACCGUAGUCAUAUUUUUCUUGAACUAUAUUUAAUUAUACCUUCAUUAUGUGAUUGUUGUAUUCCAUUGGCUAAAUUGGUUGGUUCUUCGAUUCAAUGUUUAUAAAUGAUUCCCUUUCAAU